AACGCCCUAGCACGGCGAGCCAAAUUCCGCCUUUUGAUUUUACACUUCGGGAAGUACUCGAUUUUCCGAGGAACACGCAAUACAAAGGGUGUGUUUUCUUGACGGAAUCUGCGUCUUCGGUUGUGUGUGCAAUGAUGCGAGUUUUUUUGUUUAGUAGUUACUGCUACUGAAAUCCCUGCUGUUGUGUUAAAAAAUAUAUUGUCCAACUAGAGAACAAGAAAUAGCAUAUAUGGUAUCAUAGACAGAAAAGGUUAUUGCGCAUAUCGUCUUACUCGGAUGAUGAGACAAUUCACUUGAUACACUCGUGCUGGUUUCGCUACAGACCAACGUAAGGGUUCGUCAAGCGUGCAGGAACGGAUGCAUUCCGAGAUGAUUGGAGCGGUUCGCCGCGCAUGCUUCACGUGCCUUGAAACACCUUGAGAUUCGAUCCAGCCGCACGCAAGAAAACAUGGCAGAAUAACCCCGAAUACAACACUCAACUGUGCAUGAGACAUCCUUUUUGUCACAAACAAAACUCGAUGGGAAUGGAAAAUACUGUACUGAACCCAAUGGCAUACCGGACGGACGUGAGGGCAGUCUCAUGUUGAGUGUAGACAUUUCCACCCCUAUCCCUACCAGUCCGCAGCCAGUGACAGGGUGGGUAUUUGUGGUCGUCAUAGCUACGGGCAUCUUUUGCGGCGUCCUCAUGGCGUUUGGGGCAUGCGCACUGUGCAGAUGGCGACGCCGCCGAAUGACCAAAUAUCGAGAGAUUACUGAUUUUUUCGAGCCCAUACCGCGCAUGGCUUCAUCGCCAUCACCGCUGUACAAAUCGUUGGGUUCUCUGAGCGGCUCGCUUUCUACGUUUCCUGAGCUGCUUCAGCCAAAUACGGACCAACUGGAGCCAAGACUGUACGAGACAAGGGACGAUAAUGACAACCAUGUUGGUGGCUCCCCGUUCAUGGGUCCUAGUCGUCUUUGCUUCUCGCUAAACUACUCUCAUUACAAUGAAAAACUCCAAGUCAAGCUCAUUAGGGCGACAAGACUCACACCGAAAGGCAACAACGUCGUAGCGACGCCUUACGUCAAGAUGUGCCUACUACCUGACCGGAAACGGAAGUUACAAUCGACAAGGCGUCACCGGAACUCAAACCCAGCUUUCAACGAGGAUUUCGUAUUCUCGGUUCCAGCAGAGGAGCUACGAAUGCGCACGUUGAAGUUUACAGUGUGUGACUUUGACCGGUUCUCGCGCCAGCAAGUUAUAGGUCACGUGCACUUCCAGCUGGAUUGUAUUGAUAAUCUGAUAAGCCCAGAUGGAACAGGCGAAAUAUGGGUGGACAUCAACGAGGACGACGCUAAGGUCCAAUUAGAGAAAGGCCAGCUGCUGUUUUCGCUGCAGUACCUCCCAACAGCGUGUCGACUUACGGUCGCUAUACUCAAGGGCAAAGACCUUAGAGUAGAAGGCGAAGAAACGACAGAAAUAGAUACGUACGUCAAAGUGUCCAUGAUCAUGGGAGGCAAAGCGGUCAAAAAACGGAAAACUCCCGUCGUGAAGAAGACCUGCAACCCAGUGUUUAACCAGGCAUUUGUGUUUUCCAUGCCGCCUUCCUAUCUGGAAAAUGUCAGCUUCGUCAUCUCCGUCAUCGCGACUCCCAAGCGAGGCGGCAACAAAAUACAUGUUGGGAGGGCUGUGGUCGGCCCGUAUAUGUACUCCACGAGCCCAGGCCUUUCGCACUGGACCGAUAUGCUCGGCUCACCGCGUAGCGCGGUCGCACAGUGGCAUUCACUUAUAUAAUAGUGCUUUUCGAACAUAUUAUUUUAUUUUAAAUAAAUAAAUUUUAAAUCAGA